AUGAUGAUGACGACGAUGACGAAAUUCACGGCGGCGAAUUGGGUAACCGGUCGCGUAGCGAAGUUCUGUACAGGUCCCGGCCCGUCGCAGACGCCGUCGAGGUCAGCUGCAGCCGCGGCGGCGGGUACUCCCGCGCGAAGACCGAGAUCCCGCGGAAAGCGCGCGCCAGAGCCGCAGCCGCAGCCGCCGCAUCCUCCCGCGCGCCUGCGCCUCGAAGCUGCGCCACAGACGGGGGGAGAGGCGGCGGCGGCGGCGGUGGCGGCGGCGGCGGCGAGCGCGGGCGCAGCGGCGGGGCUCGGCGCGCAGCAGCAGGAGGAGGCGGACGCCGCCGAGGAGGAAAACGAGGCGCAGUUUGGCAGAGCGAGCUCUAUGCCUGCUUCGAUGCACCGCCGGCGGAGAUCCCUAGGCGGCGGCCUGGUCUCCCUAGGGUCUGGCGGCCUGACCUCCCUAGGAUCCCCCGGUGCGCCUAACGGUCUGGCUUCGUGCUUGCAGCCUAGAUCGUCGGAAAUGGAUGAGGACACUAAGAUCCGCUUUACAGAAGGACCCGCUAUAAGCUCUAGAUCGAGCUCUGGAAGGAUCGGCGGGGUUGUGGACGGGUCGCUGACCUCUGGCGAUGAUAGUGGUCGGUUCGGUAGCGGUAGGUCCGGUAGCGGCCGGUUCGGGAGUGCUAGGCUUGGUAGUGGUAGGCUCGGCAGUGGUAGGCUGGGUAGUGGUAGGCUUGGUGAUGAUCGAUUGUCAACCGAUUCGCUCUCUGGCGGCAGGGAGAAUGUCAAGGGUGGGGCACCGGAUUCGAAAGUUCGCCAAAGCUAUUCUGGAGCUUCGGACAGCUCUACUAGGCUCGUUGACAGGCCGGGGGACAUAACAAGAGGGGCGAUUCUGGAUAGGCAGGUUGAGAGGCUGAUGGAAGAACAAACCUCAAACAAUAUCGCGUACAAAGGAAGAGGCUCGCAAUCAGGGCCGUUGAUAUCCCGAGGGUCACUGCAAACAGACGGCUACGAUCAAGCUGGGACCGAGCACACAGAGGAAUCUUCCUCCUCUCACCUGCCACGGAGACCUACAGGUGCUGCAGAGCGUCUCAAGUCCCGCAGCUACAUUGGAAGGAGCUUUUCCGGUGGGGGUAUGGACUCUAUAGCUGCUUCUGCUGCUGCUUCUGCUGCUGCUGCGGCUGCUGCUGCUGGUUCAGUGUCUAGCGCUGAGUCGAGUAGAAAACCAGGUGCUGCUGCAGAGAGGCUGAAGGCGAGUAGUUUCAUUGGACGGAGCUUUUCUGGUCGGGGUGCGGAGUCUGCAUCUGCUUCCGCUGCUGCUGCAGCGGCGUCUAUCCGCGCUGCAUUACGGGCGUCCGUGCUUCGAAGCUCGUCAGGUGUGGGGAAGGCGAAACAAGCAGGAGAGGGACAGGGGGGAGAGGGACAGGAGGGGCAGACAGGAGGGGGACAGAAAGUGGGAAGGAGAGGGUCGGGUCGAUGGUCCGUUGCAAGGAGCUUUUCAGGCGGCUGUGCUCGCACAGAUGCAACUGCUGCUGCUACUGCUGGUUUUGAGACGUCUCAAAACUCGGUUGCUAGAAGCUUUUCAGGCGGCCAUGCUCGCACAGAUGCAACUGCUGCCGAUACGACUGCUGCUGGUGCUGCUGCUGCUGGUGGUGGUGCUGCUGCUGCUGCUGCUGGUGAUGAUGUUGCUGCUAGUGAUGAUGCUGCUGGUGGGUUUCGGGUAGACAAGUCACGUUCGGCCAGAGUGGGAUGCACGGAUUGGGAGGAGGAGGAAUUCGGAGUGUGUGGCAGGGAGAGCAGGGACGCCGGCAUGAGAGGAGAGGUGGAGGAAGAGUGUGGGAUUGAUGGAAAGGAGAGUACUGGCAAUGAGGAGGGGAGUGAGAAAGAGGAAGAGAGGGAGGAAGAGGAGGACGACGGGGAAGAGGGGGAAGACGAGGACGGCGAGGAAGUAGCUGUAGGGAGCGGGUUGUGGGAGGAUUAUAACGAGGGUGGAGCUUUCAGAGCUGAGAUGAGCUUACGCGGCAGUGGAUGGUCCGCAGAGCAAGGGCAACACGGAGCAGCGGAUUGGAUGAAGCACCCCAGCAGCAGGUUGAUUGCAAUGAAUCGAGAUGAGGUGGACGAGGAAGAGGAGGGAGAGGAGGAAGAGGAAGGGGAGGAGGGUGAACGAGAGGAGGGUGAAGGAGAGGGAGAGGGGGAAGAGGAGGGAGAGGAGGGGGAGGAGGACGAGAGGCAAGGCUUCAUCCUGAGCAGCGGAGUUAUGGAAAUGGAAUGUGCUGAGUGGCGAGAAGGGGGUUUCCAGGAAUCUUCCGAGCCAGUGCAAGAUUCAAAACCUGUGUUUGAAACGCCCCAGCAGCAGAGAGUGCCUUCUCCAAUGCUUAUGGGAGCCGCUUCUCUCAGCCCUGACACAGUAUUCGAGGCACCUCAGAGAAGAGUGCUGAUGGGUGCUCCCUCGCUCAAUCCUGACGCAGCUUUUGAGGGGUUGGUGAUGCAGGGUUUGGUGAUGCAGGGAGAGGGCGGAGGCCAGGAAGAAGAAGGGGGCUUCGGUUUUGACGUGGGGGAGAGGAUCAGGUUUGAAGACCGAGAAGCAGAGAGGGAGGAAGGCAACUGGGACGGAGCAGGAGCAGGGGAUGAGGGCAAAUGGAACGAGGAUGAUGGCAGCAGAAUGGUGGGGCAAGAGAUGGGUGGUGGUGGUCCAUGGGAGUCAGUGCGAGAUGCAGAGAGGGAAAUGGAUCCCGUGUGCGGCAGCACUGCAAUGCUUUUCAAAGGCAGCCAGAGCCUGGGAGGGCCGGAAAUGCAAGGGGAGAUUCAAGAAGACGAGGGGGAGGAGGAAGAAGAAACUCCAGACUUUGACGAUUUCAGCCGCACCCGAACCUUCACAUCUGCCAUCCUAGCCGGACUCACCAAGAGAGUCACCGGACCUAAGGCUGGGCCUGCCAAGCCUGCAUCCACCAAGCCUGGGUUUACCAUGCCUGGGUUUGCAAAGAGGGAAGAUCCGGGCAGCAGCAGCAGCAGGGUGAUGGUUCCGAGGACGGCUAGUGAUACGCACAAGGAUGGGGUAAAGGAGGGGAUUGGGAAGGGCGAGGGGAAGCAGGGCAAGUGGAAGGCACUCAGGGAGAAACUGGAGGAGAGCGGGAGGGGGUUAGGGGGCCCUGGAUGGGGUAUUCUGGCCUCCAAGCCGAAACCUGGAGAGGAGGGUGGGGGAUCUUCAAAGGGUGCUUAUGGACUUGAGGCACAUGGGUCAGGUAGAUUAGGUGGGUCAGGUAGGUUAGGCGGGUCAGGCAGGUUAGGUGGGCAGGAUGGGAACGAGGAGAAGGAGAAGGAAGGGGGAGGAGUGUUAAGUUCUGCUCAUGCUCAGCACCACCACCACUCCCGGCAGAAGUCGCAGAUUUCGUUCGGGUCUGCUGCUGAUUCCGCCCUGCUGUCUGGACUGCCUUCGUUCCUUCGCUCAGUCACUUUCACCUCUGCUGAAGCCCAGGCGCACCACAAGCAGCAGCAGCAGCAGCAGCAGCAGAAAAGGGAGGAGAGGGAGGAACAGGUGCAAAUGCAGCAGCGGGAUGAGAUGCAGGCAGAGCAAUCAAGUCAUGCACAGGAGAUUGAGAGAGAUGGGAGACCCCCUGUUGUCACUCCCCGCAUCGCCUACUUCUCGUUCGACAAAUACCGGGAGGCCGUAGCAGGGGGAGGCUCGUCCGGGGGAGGUGCAUCUGCUGAGGAGCGCGAUGCAGAGGGGUACCUGUUGUCCCACUCCUUUGGCAGCGGCAGGGCUAGAAGCAGGAGCAGCUUUAGUGGGAGAUAUGGCAGCAGCAUUAGCAGCAGUGGUGGUAGUGGGAGUUUGACUCCCCCUCCUCGAGCAGCACUGGGGAAAAGCGGCGGCAGCGGUUGCCUCACCCCUCCCUCUGGCGCUCUAAGGAAACAUGGCAGCGGCAGCCUGACUCCCCCGCCUGGCACACUGGCAGAUUUAGACAUCUCACAAGUGGAUGCAGCGCCAGGUGGAGCACGGCCGAAGUACAACAGGGAGGCCAGGUCAGUAUGGCUGGUAUGCAAGCCUGGGGUCUGGUUUUCUGGUUAUGGCACUCCACAACACCCGAGUGCCAGCGGCCUCUGCCCUGCAACUUCCUGUGCUGCAGCAGGGGUUGGGAGACCGCCCAUCCACCACGCCCACUCCGCCUCUCUGGCUGCUCGUUCUGCUUUUCAUUUGUGCAACUCCCCUGCCUCCCUCUCACCUCCACCCACCCCCACCACCAGGAGCCGCACCUUUGGCAACCCGGAAGAGCUCUCGGACCUUUACCCUCCCCCCAGUGCCUUCGAGCGAUCCCACUCCACACCCGAGCGGCGGCGGCCUCCCGAUCGCCCUGCAACCUCCUCUGCUGCAGCAGGGGUUGGGAGGCCCCCCGUCCACCAUGCCCAUUCCGCCUCUCUGGCUGCUCGUUUCCUGGUGAACGGUCAUGGGAGCGGACAGAGGCAGAGGGGAGGUGAGUCCGGGCGGAUUGGAGGGAGCAGAUUGUCAGGGAAAUAUCAGCAGAACCAGGGGUGGGACGAGCAGCAUGGGCGUCAUGAGGACGGGCAUGUGCACGAGCAACGGUAUGAGGAGAAGCAGUAUGAGGAGAGCUAUCAGCAGCAGGUGCAGCAGCAAGUGCGGGAGAAGAAGCAGGUGAAGGGGAGGCAUAAGGAGACAGGGGCAGUGCUGCAUGUGGCGUGGAGACAGUUGGAAGUGGAGGAGGAGGAAGAGUGGGGCAGGCAGAACUCCGAUCCUGUCAAAGGUGGCAAGGGGAGGGUGACGGCUGUAAGGAGGCUUGUGGAGGACGAGGAAGAGGGAGAGUGGGGCAGGCAGAACUCAGAUCCUGUGACAAGCGGCAGGGGGAGGGUGCAGGCCGUAAGGAGGGAAGUGGAGGAGGAGGAGGAUGGAGAGUGGGGACGGCAGAACUCAGAUCCUGUGAAAGGGAGCAGGGAGAGGGUGAGGGCUGGAAGGAGACGCGUGGAGAAUGAGGAGGAUGGGGAGGAGGGAGAAUGGGGGCGGCAGCACUCAGAACCUGCAAAAGCCAGCAGGGAGAGGGUGAGGGCUGGAAGGAGGCACGUUGAGGCCGAGGAGGAGGAAGGAGAAUGGGGUGAGGAGGACGGAGAGUGGGGCAGGCAGAAACACUGGAAUUGUGUGAAUGAUGGCAGGGAGAGGGUGAAGGCGGGGCAGAGGCAGGUGGAGGAGAGGGAGAUGGCUGGAUACGCUGGGGAUGGUUAUGAUGAAAAUGCAGGGGAGGAAGAGGAGGAGGAAGAGGAGGAAGAGGCAGGGGAUGGGGAAGAGGUAGAGGAAGAGGAGGAGGAGGAUGGAGAGGAGAGGGAGGAGGAUGAUGGGGAAGAGGUGGUGGAGAGUGGACAAACGGGAUGGUUCAGAGAUCGUGGUACAGGCCUGGGGAAAGGGGCUGAGGUCCAUUCUCGGAAAGGGAGAGCAGGGACAAGUUCUGGAACCAAGUCAUCUCACAAAUGCGACAAUGGAAGGCGGAAGGGCGAUGGAAUCAACAGUGGGAGUGAGGACGAGGAGGGGCAAGGGGAAAGAAACUUUUCUUAUGACAAGGAGCAUGCACGCGGAAGGGGGGGGAGGAGAGAGGCGGUGGAAUGGAGGCAGUGA